AUGGCAUCCCUGUCUGACAGGCUAUCCUACUCAUCCAGCGAAACAUCCAUCCCUGACAUGGAGGAGCUGGCCGCCAUCGCCAGGAGAAAGAGAGCGGACAUACCUGCAAAACGGUCUGAGGGCUCACCGAUGAUGGAGGGAACAUUGAAGGCCCUCCUGGACGACCUCCACAGCAACCUAGAAGCUGACAUCAACUCCUUUAAAGAGGAGAUCAGCGGAGUGUCAAGGCACCUCCAUGAAGCAUCACACUCCACAGAGGCGCAUAGGGAUGCAAUCGUCCGCUUCCAGAACGGGCCGGACAGGCAGACGCUCCUGAUGGCGCUGCAGAACAAAACACCAUACGACUUUGAAGGCCACAAGCUCAUGUUCUACCCAAACCUUUCCAGGGCAACACUAGAGUGGCGCAGGUCCCUGAUAUGGCACAAUAUCCCUUAUAAAUGGAGCACCCCAAAAUAUCUACUGAUACCCCGGGACUCAGGGAAUCUAAAAAUUCAAGAGGCCACGGAAAACUGGGACUGCCCACGACUCCAGAGGAUACCGACAACCCAAGUGCCGCAACCACACACCUAG